AUGCUUACGUGGCAUUCCGGAUUUCUGAUAUUAGUGUUGCUUAUUAUAAUGGUUGUAUUUGGUAAUUUGGUAGUACUUUUUGCUGUACUCAUUGAUCGUGAGCUAAGACGUUUGGCAACUAAUAAAUUUAUCGCAAGUUUGGCUAUUUCUGAUCUUCUUGUUGGAAUUGUUGUUAUGCCAUUAUCACUUUAUGCUACGGUCAAUGGGAUUCAUUGGGAUUUAGGUGAUCGGUGGUGUCAAUUUCAUCUGGUAACUGGUGUUUUUUCAACAACCGCUAGUAUUGUUCAUCUUACUGCUAUAAGUUUGGAUAGGUAUUUUGCAAUAAUGUUUCCAACCGAAUAUCAACGACAUUCAAUAGCUACCAGUAUAUUUGCAUAUAUUAUAAUGAUAUGGAUUGUAUCAUUUGCUGUUAGCAGCACACUUUUUAUGGAAAAAUCAUUGGGUGAAGAUGGUUUUUGUUGGACGAAAAAUCCGCAAUAUCUGGUUUUAUCAUCAUUGAUAUCAUUUUUCAUUCCUGGUGCUAUUGUUGUCUAUUUAUAUAUAAAAAUAUUUCGUAAAUUACGCAGUCAUCGUUUAUAUAUAUUUGGACAAAUGGGUUUAUUAAAACGACAGCAAAAUAAUUAUGGACGAAAUAAUGAUAAAACAAAAUGCUUACCAAAAGUUGCUGAAGAGGUUAUUAGCCAAUGUGGUUCAAGACUUAGUCAAGCUAAUAGCAUUGCUAGUGGCAACAAUACCGCUUGGGAUGAAACUUUAGGCUUAUCAAAUCAAUUAAAUAUACAAUCUAAUAAUAUCGAUCAAAGAUGCUCCUUAUCAGUUAAAACGGCUGAAGGAUUGAAAGAUCGUUUGAUGGUACCAAAAAAACGGAUCAGUAUCACGCUUGAUCCGCCAACUAUGGAAUUAUCAUCAAUAACAAUGAAUUCACAAACAGUUGAUAAUGAAUGUCUACUGUUAGAUAACCAUAUGACAUUUCUUGAUGACAAUUCAUCCGAAGAACCGAUUACUAUAAAUGAUGAAAGUCUUUUGAAGCCAUCUGUAGCUGCAAUAAAUCGAUGUGAUUCUGUUAAAUUACCUAUCGUUAGUGUUUCAUUCAAUGAUUCAAAAAUGCUCGAUGAUGUAAAAGAAUCGAAGAAAUCAUUACCAAUGCUAUUAGAUUUACCAAAACCUACUAAUAAUCUUUCUACCACAUCUACAACAGCUCUUGUUUCACUUAAAGUGCCAAAAUGGGAUUGUUGCGUAACUCCUAUUUCAACAAUACGCUCAAAUUCAAGUCGUAGCUCAUGCACUUCAACAAGCGGUAGUGGUGAUAUUUCAAGAAUGAUUUCAAUGAAUAGUUUUGAUACCAGUAUAACGGAGGAUGCUACUGAUGCUACAGCUGAGGUAUCGAAUUCUAGAAAAAUAAGUACAUGGUCAACAUUACGCUCUAUCAUACAUGUGCAUGAUCUUACGCCAGUAGCUGGUACUAAAAAUGCAUUUGCUAAUAAUGCUCCACGAUCAAAUCAACGAGGAACAAUAUCACGUGGAAGAUUGAGACGAAUUGCUAUUCAGGUAACACGUGCAGUACGUCGAAAACGUCGUGAAUCAUUAGCAAUAAGACGUGAAACUAGAGCUACAGGUGUUGUUGCUGCCAUACUUAUUGCAUUUUUGAUUUGUUGGAUUCCGUAUUUUUGCAUAACAGUUUAUCGUGGAAUAUGUACUGGUUUCAAUAUUCAAUUGGACAAACAUCUUCAUGUCAAUUUAUUUAUGCUAUCAUCAUGGCUUGGCUAUGCGCAUUCAUGCUUCAAUCCAAUCAUUUAUACAUGCCUGAAUAAGAAAUUUCGCCGUACAAUUAAACAAAUAAUUUGUUAUUCAUGUCAUAAAAAUCGUAAAGAUCUGUAA